AUUUGAGGAAAAAAGUGUAAUAAUCAAAUUUAAAUGACAACCCCAUUGCUUCUCUAAAUUUCAAAAUUCUACCCUGUUGUAUUGGCCAAAAUCUAAUUAUCUCCCUGUCAUUCUUUAAAAUUUCAGACCGCUCACCCAAACCUUUUUUCCCGUUCCCGACUUCCUUUCCCUCUCGUCAUCUCUGUUGAAAAUCAAUUCUUCAAAAUUCAUCAAAUUCGCCAAAACGCCCUUCGCAGAAAGUCACCGCUUCCCCUCGUUCACCUCAUUCCGUCGAUCCCUAAAAAUCUCGGUUUUCUUCAUCAAUUUCUCAAUCGCGGGCCCUAAUUUUCUCUCUCUUUCCCGAAUCCAACCACAAAUCGACUGAUCCUCGGGAAAGUGAGAGAAACAGGGAGAGGAAGAAAUCCGGCUGAUAUAUGGAGAGGAUCGUCGGAGAGAAGUACAAGCUAGGUCGCAAAAUCGGAAGCGGAUCGUUCGGUGAAAUCUUUCUCGCUACUCAUAUUGACACAGGUGAAACUCUCGCGGUAAAGAUUGAAAACAGGCAGACAAAACAUCCACAAUUGCUAUAUGAAGCCAAGCUAUAUAAUAUUCUUCAAGGAGGAAGUGGUAUUGCACAUAUAAAGUGGUGUGGAGUAAAUGGGGAAGAUAAUGUGCUUGUUCUUGACUUGCUGGGACCAAGUCUGGAAGACUUGUUUGUCUAUUGCGGGAGAAAAUUUUCAUUAAAAACAGUCUUAAUGUUGGCUGAUCAAAUGAUUGCAAGAAUAGAAUUUAUGCAUGCUAAGGGGUUUCUGCAUAGAGACAUCAAACCAGAUAAUUUCCUCAUGGGUCUUGGCAGAAAAGCGAAUCAGGUCUACAUCAUUGACUUUGGUCUUGCCAAAAGAUAUCGUGAUCCCACCACUAAUCGCCAUAUUCCUUACAGGGAGAAUAAAAAUUUAACAGGGACUGCACGGUAUGCAAGUUGUAAUACUCAUCUUGGAAUUGAGCAAAGCCGUCGAGAUGAUUUAGAAUCGCUUGGCUAUGUUCUUUUGUAUUUCUUGAGAGGAAGCCUUCCUUGGCAGGGACUAAAAGCUGCUACAAAGAAGCAGAAGUAUGAUAAAAUAUGUGAGAAGAAGUUAUCAACACCCAUAGAGGUCUUGUGCAAGUCACACCCUGUGGAGUUUGCAUCAUACUUUCAUUAUUGCCACUCUUUAACAUUUGAUCAGAGGCCUGAUUAUGGAUUCUUGAAGCGCUUGUUUCAAGAUUUGUUUACUCGAGAAGGAUAUGAGUUUGAUUACAUAUUUGACUGGACCAUACUAAAGUACCAGCAGACACAAAGGACAAAGACACAUCUUCAAUCAUCUGAUUUGCAGCCUUUUUCCGGGACAAGUAACAGUCAAGCAACGCCUAUGGAUAAGCUUAAAGGAAUCAAGGAUGCUUCUUAUUCAGGUGAAGCUAUGGAGCACAGAGGACCACGUAACCUUGGUCGUCCAGACGUUCGUAUGCAGUUUAGACCUUCAGUUGGUCGAAAUAUGAGUGAGAAACAUAUGGGGAGCAGUUCCGUAAUGCCAUCCACUUCAUUUGCUCUGCCUGGUUCCUUGAAAAAAAAUCUGCCAAAAGCAGAGGGGCCAACUGAAGCUACAAAUAAUGGCCGUGGGGCCAACAAGACUGGUGCUUCAAGCAGCUGGAUGCCAUCAUUUCACAGAAUAUCUUCAGCUAAGUGAUUGGGAACCAAGAACUGGUGUUGCAAGUGUCAUAAAGUUUGGACAUUGGAUAGCUCAAGAUCUUUGCUGAGAGAUGGCAGAUUGUGUUAUCUGCUUUCGACAAGGUGGUCAUGAGAGAACAAAUGUGUGGGAUUGGGCUGGGAUCUGGUCCAUCAAAGCCUGGUUUUUUCUGCAUGCAUAGAUGGGGAGAAUGGUUAAGCCGGUUUCAUGUUUAAUUGUUCGAUGAAUGAUGUGUAAAGUGUUUUCUCCAUUCUUCUGUUAAUAGAUGAUAAGGUUUCAUUUGUGGAUACAGUUGUUUUGACCUUGUAUCUCAUUUAAUUCAGGAUGCAUUUGCUUUCUUUUCUCAUUGCUUCAUAAUUUGGAUGAAAGCCCUUGAUGUUUACCUGGAUCAAUUUGAAUCUAGGUGCCUGCGUUCACCAGAAUCUGAAAAAGUACUGUAAUCUAUUGUUUCAGUGGUGGAUAUGAGAAGAGUUUAAUUGAUCAAUAGCUGUCACUGCUAAUAUUGAAGUGAUAUGAAGAUAGUUUUGUAAUUAUCCAUUUGGGGUAUGGAUCUUGGAGGUUCAUACCUUAGAGAAUUGAGGUCAAAGGAGAAAGGGCCAUGCUGAGAGCCAUGGCACGUAUUAUAAGAUGGAAACUUAAGCAGUCAAGGUUCCCCGAGUAUUAGGUAGCAUGCUUGCGUUGAAUUCCACCAAGGUACCGUGGAAGUUCAACAAUGUUUUCCCCAAAUCAAGAAGUCCACAAGUUUGAACCUGAGUUCUACCCUUUCUUGGUUAUUUUUCGUCCAUUAAAAACUAGACGUUGAUAAAAUCAAUGUUUGUCGUCUGAUUUCAGUGCCUGGAUGCGCUGUAUUUCCCAGCAAAAGAAUCAUUGACUUGGCUCCAUUUUAUAACUAUUUCCCAAGUCAUGAAGGCAUUUGAAGAUUUUUGUUU